AUGCCUCUAUUUCUGCUUCUACCAGCCAUCUACACCCUCCUGUUCUCCAGAGUGUCCCUGACCAUCUCUCUUCAGGAAGUGCAUGUGAGCCGGGAGACCAUGGGAAAGAUUGCAGUGGCCAGCAAGUUGAUGUGGUGUUCAGCAGCGGUCGACAUCCUGUUUCUGUUGGAUGGCUCUCACAGCAUCGGGAAAGGGAGCUUCGAGAGGUCCAAGCGCUUUGCCAUCGCUCUCUGUGAUGCCCUGGACAUCAGCCCUGGCAGGGUCAGAGUGGGAGCCUUGCAGUUUGGUUCCACUCCUCAUCUGGAAUUCCCCUUGGACUCCUUUUCAACCAGACAGGAAGUGAAGGAGGGCAUCAAGAGGAUACUUUUCAAAGGUGGGCGCACAGAGACAGGCCUAGCCCUGAAACACCUGAGCAGAGGGUUCCCCGGAGGCAGAAAUGGCUCUGUGCCUCAGAUCCUCAUCAUUGUCACGGAUGGCAAGUCCCAGGGGCCCGUGGCUCUACCAGCUAAGCAGCUGAGAGAAAGGGGUAUCGUCGUGUUUGCCGUGGGGGUCCAUUUUCCCAGGUGGGACGAGCUGCUCAUGCUGGCCAGUGAGCCAAAGGAGCGGCACGUGCUGUCGGCUGAGCAAGUGGAGGAUGCCACCAAUGGCCUCCUCAGCACCCUCAGCCGCUCCGGGCUCUGCACCACUGCUGAUCCAGACUGCAGGGUGGAAGCUCACCCGUGCGAGCGGAAGACACUGGAGACCGUGAGGGAGCUUGCCGGCAAUGCCUUGUGCUGGAGAGGAUCAAGGCAGACAGACAGUGUGCUGGCUGUACCCUGUCCCUUCUACAGCUGGAAGAGAGUGUUUCAGACACGCCCUGCCAACUGCUACAGAACCAUCUGUCCAGGCCCCUGUGACUCCCAGCCCUGCCAAAAUGGAGGCACAUGCAUUCCAGAAGGAGUGGAUAAGUACCACUGUCUCUGCCCACUGGCAUUCGGAGGGCAAGUCAACUGUGCCCCGAAGCUGAGCCUGGAAUGCAGGAUUGACGUCCUCUUCCUGCUGGACAGUUCUUCGGGCACCACACUGGAGGGCUUCCAGCGGGCCAAGACCUUUGUGAAGCGCUUCGUGCAGGCCGUGCUGAGUGAGGACUCUCGAGCCCGUGUUGGGGUAGCCAGUUACAGCAGGGAUCUGAUGGUGGCAGUGCCUGUCGGAGAGUACCAGCAUGUACCAGACCUGGUCAGGAGCCUUGACAGCGUUCCCUUCAGUGGUGGCCCAACUCUGACAGGGAGUGCCUUGCUACAGGUGGCAGAGCACGGCUUUGGGAGUGUCAGCAGGACGGGCCAGGACAGGCCACGCAGAGUAGUGGUUCUGCUCACUGAAUCACACUCCCAGGAUGAGGUGGCUGGGCCAGCAGAUCAUGCAAGGUCCCGGAACCUACUCCUCCUGGGCAUGGGCAGUGAGGUCGUGCAGGCAGAGCUGGAGAAGAUCACAGGUAGCCUGAAGCAUGUGAUGGUCCACACAGACCCUCAGGACCUGUUCAGCCAAAUUUCAGAGCUGCAGAGGAGGCUAUGCAGCCAGCCACGGCCAGACUGCCAGGCACAGUCACUGGACCUGGUCUUCCUGUUGGACGCCUCCGCCUCCGUGGGACGUGAGAACUUUGCUCAAAUGCAGAGCUUCAUCAGGAAAUGCACCCUCCGGUUUGACGUGAAUCCUGAUGUGACACAGGUUGGCCUGGUGAUAUAUGGCAGCCAGGUACAGACUGCCUUCGGGCUAGACACCCAUCCCACUCGUGCUGCCGUGUUGCGGGCCAUGAGCCAGGCUCCCUACCUAGGGGGUGUGGGCUCUGCUGGCACAGCCUUGCUGCACAUUGAGGACAAGGUGAUGACUGUCCAGAGGGGUGCCCGCCCCGGUGUCCCCAAGGCCGUGAUCAUGCUCACAGGCGGGAGUGGGGCAGAAGAUGCAGCUGUCCCUGCCCAGAAGCUGAGAGACAAUGACAUCUCAGUCUUGGUUAUGAGCAUAGGAGCUGUCCUCAGGGAGGCAGUGCGGAGACUUGCUGGUCCACGGGACUCCCUGAUCCAUGUGGCAGCUUACUCGGACCUGCGGUACCAUCAGGACAUGCUCACCGAGUGGAUAUGUAGAGAAGCCAAGCGGCCAGUCAACCUCUGCAAGCCUAGUCCAUGCAUGAAUGAAGGCACCUGCAUCCUGAAGAAUGGCAGUUACCGAUGCGAGUGCCGGGGUGGCUGGGAAGGCCCCCAUUGUGAGAACCGCAUCUUGAGAGGAGAUGCCCCCAUGACACGUAGCUUCCGCCAAGAGCCUGCAGUAAGACAACAGCCAACCCUCUCCCAGCAAGCUCCAAAGCAUCUUGGAAUCUGAAAGGCCCUGUCCUCAGCCAAGUAAAUCUCCUGGGGGCCC